AUGGCAGCGUACGCGGCCACCUCCCCACGUCUACACCUCAAAACUCUCUCCGAAGACGUCCAUCUCUAUGACCUACACACAAUCCAAUCAAAUCUGCAAUCUAUGUUCUGGUCAACCAAGAAAGUUACAACUGAUAUCGAGCAAACUCGCGCGGUACUUCGCAACUCUCUACCAACUGAAGAGCAGCCUUGGAAUGAAAGGUGGGCUAUCUUACUGCGCUGCACGCCUGAGACUUUCCAAGAAGAGAUGGAACAGAGGAAGGCGGGAAAGUUACGCUUGAUAGGCGUCAUAGGUAUUGUCCGAGAGCAGGAGAUUGGAUACAAAAUCCACCCUGAGUUUUGGGGGAAGGGUUAUAUGGGUGAGGCGUUGCGGAUGUUUAUUGAGAUGUGGUGGGGGAUGGAAAUAAAUAUGAAGUACGACAGACUGUUGGCAGCGGCAGAUCCAGAGAAUAAGGCGAGUUUGAGGGUUCUGGAAAAGGCUGGAUUUCAGAAAGGAGAGUAUAGGAAGGAUUUCUAUGAGAGAGGGGUUCUUGGGGGAAAGAAAAGUGAUUUGCAAUGCGUUUAUCUUCUCAGACCUGCGACUUCAGGAGCGCAAGUCCCACUUCGGAAAAGGAGUUCAAAAGAGAUUAGAUUUGGAGUGGAAGAGAUAGAAACAGAAGAGUAA